AGGGGUUCCAAGAGCGAAUGAAGAGUGUAAAAGAGUGAGGCAUACUCUGCAUUUCUGCUAAGAAUGGCGAAACUUGUUCAACAAAGUGUGAAAUCAUUGUGGAAAUUCAGCACUUGUCUUCUUAGGGUUUCUUCAUAUUCUACAAAACCUGAAACCCUAGUGUCCUUAUUUUUGCCUAAUAAAGAUGAAGGUUCUAAACCCUUAACCUCAUCUCCGAAGGAUGCUCUGUACAGUAGGUUGAUCUAUUUGACACGCUCUAAGGAAUCCGUGGAGUCCGUCAUAUCAAUACUUGACAAAUGGGUUAGUGAAGAAAAUCCCAUUAAGUAUGAAGACCUACAGAUUAUCGUCAAACAAUUUAGAGAUUGCCGUCGCUACGAGCAUGCCUUUCAGAUUUUUGAGUGGAUUAAGAAGUCCAAGAAUUUUGAUAUAUCACCCGGAGAUUUGGCAGUCGAACUGGAUUUAGUAUCAAAAGCCCAUGGUCUGGAAGCCGUAGAGACAUAUUUCACUAGCAUUCCAGAUGAUUUAAGAACCUACAAGGUAUAUGGUGCUCUCUUGAAUUGCUAUGCUGAUGCAAGGGUCUUAAAAAAAGCAGAAGAUACCAUGCAAAAGCUGAAGGAGUUGGGCUAUACUGGCACAGUGGCAUACAAUGUUAUGAUGACCCUUUAUGCUAAAUUGGGGUAUCUUGAGAAGCUACAGUCACUUAUGCUAGAGAUGGAAGACAAGGGAAUUUCUGGUGAUGUGUUUUCCUACAAUAUCCUCUUAAAUGCAUAUGCAUCUGUUCCCAAUGUUACGGAAAUGGAGAAGGUUCUGAUGAAAAUGGAAGCUGAUCCUCUGUUGGUUGAUUGGAGUUCUUACACAAUUGCUGCCAAGGGGUACCUGAAAGCUGGUGAUAUAGAAAAGGCUAACAAGUCAUUGAAGAAAUGCGAGCAGAGUCGCAAGGGGAAAAGGGAAGAGCUUGCUAUUGACAUGCUCAUUACUCUCUAUACUAGUUUGGGAAAGAAAGAUGAUGUAUAUCGUAUAUGGAAUAAAUACAAGAAAAAAGUUAAGCAUCACAAUUCAAGUUAUCAUUGUAUGAUACGCGGACUAGAAAAGUUGGAUGAUCUUGAUGGUGCAGAGAAGAUAUUCGCUGAGUGGGAAACAAACAGGGUACACUUUGACAUUCGAAUUCCAAACUUGCUCAUAAGUGCUUAUUGCAAAAAGGGUCAUAUGGAAAAGGCUAUAUCAAUCAUAGAGCAACUCGGGGAGAGUGGGAAGCAUCCCAAUGGGAGCACAUGGAAUCGUCUGGCACUCGGUUAUUGUGUACAAAAUGACAUGGAGAAGGCAGUGGAGACAAUGAAGAAAGCAAUCUUGGCUAGUAAGCCAGGGUGGAAGCCACACUUUCACAGUUUGGUUUCCUGUGUGAAGUACUUGCAAUCAAAAGGAGAUACUCAAGGAGAAGAAGAGCUUAAAGAUUUACUUAGGGUGCGAGGUCUGUGCUCAAAAGAAGUUGAAAGGGGUAUAGAUAAGUAUAUUGAAAUUGGAAAUCGCAAGUCCGAGGCACUUAAUGAAACAGACCUUGAGGAGACUUGUUCACAAUAGUAGGAAAAAACCAUGUCACUGGUUAGUGGAUUAUAUGAUUCUCUAAAUUUUUAUCAUGAUCACUAAUCACAACUUUCAAUUGAGCUUUUCAAUUGCUGCAUCUAAUAGUAUGAUCUCUUUCUCUGUUGUAUAGUUGCAGACUUGGUAGGUAGAAGUAGCGUUCGGUGGUCACUUUUCGGUCCUGUUUUUGGGAAAUAGGCAAUGUCAUGGAGAAUAGUGUUGAACAGAAUAUAUUAGUAAUGUUGGAAUUAAUUACGCUGAUAUUAUUUUUUUAUUCAUUGUCUAGUUUGGCGUACAAAUAACAUGCAUUGCAUAAUUUCUGAAAAAAUUAUAUGUUUACAAAAAUGCCCUCUCCAUUUUUAUAGUUUGCUAUGUAUUAAUUAUACUAUAUAAUUAAUAUUUGCAUUCAUUA